GCUGCGCCCCCUGUCGGUGAAUCCAGAGACAGUCUCUGACAGACCGUGUCGACCUCUCGGCAGGGGGAAUGGCGCCCCCUGGCGACCAUUGGGCUACUGGCUAAAGGCUGCUCUGCGCUCAGCCGCCUGGUCACCAUCCGACUCUUGAAGCGCUUGUACGAUGAUGAGAGAUGAGGCGCCUCGGUGCUUGUCUAAAAAAAAAGAGGAAAAUAGACUUGACAUUAUAAUAAUGGCUGAUAAAACACGAGUUAUUACCUGUAACAAAUAGGAUCAAGUGGAUCCCUAUAUUCACAUCUUACGCAAUUUUAAAAAAGUAGACUACCGUAAAACAUUCCAGAUUUAAAGAUUUUGCCCGAGAUGUAGGCCUAGAAAAUAAUAAAUCAGAGUGUUGAUAAAUCGACAUAAAAACUAAAUGCCUAUAGUGAAAUUUGAUGCCUAACACAGAACAGACCUCCUCCAAAGCCCGUUGGCUCCUCACUUCGCUAUGCGCCCGUCCAGCCAGCCAGACUCAACCUAAGCAGCGGUUCACUAACUCCUUCCCCCGCCCCAAGAUCUCAUUGUUCCCCCUCCAAGAUGGAGGCGCUGGAGGUUUUGGGGGGCUACCCGACCAAGCCCUCGAACCCUCGAUCACGAAUGGUCAGGGUUCUACUGAGUAUGACUGUUGUUAUGGGAUGUUUAUUAACACUACAUAGUUUUCUCAAAAUCACUAAGUCGCGGAAGCCGCAAGAUUUCUACUCUUUUGAGGUGAAGGACGCCAAAGGGAGAAGCGUUUCUCUGGAGAGAUACAGAGGCAAAGCGUCUCUGGUUGUCAACGUGGCGAGCCACAGCGAACACACAGAGAAUAACUAUCGCUCUCUGCAAGAGCUGCACCGGGAACUGGGGACGUCCCAUUUCAACGUGCUGGCUUUUCCCUGCGGCCAGUUCGGGGAGACCGAGAUGGGGACCAGCCGGGACAUCGAGGCCAACGCCAAGAACACCCAUGGCGUCACCUUCCCUAUUUUCAGUAAGAUCAAAAUCAUGGGAUCGGAGGCGGAGCCAGCUUUCAAAUUCAUAACAGAUUCUGCAAAAAAGAUUCCGAAGUGGAACUUCUGGAAGUUCCUGGUGAACCCUGAGGGCCAGGUGGUGAGGUACUGGAAGGCAGAGGAGCCGGUCGACAGCGUUCGUCAGGAGGCCACGGCCAUGGUGCGCGAGAUCAUUCUGAAGAAAAGGGCAGAGCUCUAACAGCGUGGAACUUGUCAAGACAGGAGUGACUACACCUCUGAGUUCAAUUGAACGUUCCUGGGUUACUGUGCGACGGACGAACAUUUCAACACACUUUAUUAUGAUUUGACCACUUUGACAAACUUUGCAGAAGAUCAUGCUCAUUGCACUGUAGGUGGGUUUAGAAUUUUACUGGAUGGCAACAGGACUAGAAUAAGUGUGUGUGUGUGUGUGUGUGUGUGUGUGUGUGUGUGUGUGUGUGUGUGUGUGUGUGUGUGUGUGUGUGUGUGUGUGUGUGUGUGUGUGUGUGUGUGUGUGUGUGUGUGUGU